CAACCCUUGCGUAAUUACUGAAGAGAGAGGGGUAUUGGGAAGAUGUAUAGAUCAGGAAGCGCUAAUAGAGUAUGGGAUGAUUACGUGAAAUACGAUUCAUCAUCUUCUUCUUCAUCGAAACAUUCUCCUGCAAUUAUUAAAGGUUUGUCUCUAGAAACAAACGACGAAUUCAACGAGCCGCCAAUCUCCUCCGAUCACGUGACCAAGAAAGAAAGGGGUCGUACAAAGCUUGCUGAGAAUGCCGUCCAUUUAAUCCCUUUGGUUCUUUUCCUAUGUGCUUUCGUUCUUUGGUUUUUAUCCAAUCCCGAUAUUGAAGUUCCAAUUGGUGGGGAUGCGGUGGCGGCGAGAAUAGAGGGGAUGACGAUAGAAGGGGACGUGGAUAGUAGUGAUGGUACACAAACAGGGAAUUUGCCACUGGAAUUGAAUGAGAUUGAUACGACCAGAAAAAAUCAAAAUAGAAAUUAUCGUGAAUAACAUAAUCAUGGUAUAAUUCUAAGAAUGGAUCGUUUUUGGAGCAAUUCAUGAGUGUUAGAAAAUUACUCGUAUCAUUUAGUUAUGGAAUGAUUAUAACUAUGUAAUUUUCCAUCCAUCUGAGCAAUUAAGCUUAAUUAAUUAUCACGUUUCGUACGUAGUUUUAAGUUUUAAAUUAUUCUGUACGUACAUUGGAUGAACUAGUUUCAAGCCGUGUGAUGUACUAUAAUAUACAUGAGCUUGAACUAAUUAAGGAAGGGCAUCCUCAUCAUUGUUCACUUUAUUGGAGAUCAAAUUGAGUUAAUUGACUUUGUGGAAG